CUCCGCAGGGUGGGCCAAAGCGCGGGCGGAGGGAGAGUAGCGAGUGCUUUGGUGCUCCGCCGGCAAAGGAGAGGUUUCUGUUGCCAGACUGAGCUAGUUCGGGAGGUCCAGGGUCUGCACAGCACUGGGCGCAGAGGGAAGGAAAAGGCGAUGCACCACUAGUGCGCUUUCGCUUUGACAGCUGAGGCAGAAAAGUGAGAGGGUCUGCCAUUGGCCGGACUAGGUAACCAAACCCUCGCAACAGCAGAAAGCACCCUGCGGGAGGAGCUCCGCAGGCAGAGGAGGAGCCAGGGUAGCCCCUGAGAAGUUGGGACACGGUCCUGCGGUAGAUAAGAGGCAGAGUCUAGCAGGAAUCCCCUCCGCUUGCGGGUAGGAAGCUUGGGGAGCAGCCUCAUGGAAGAGAAGCAGAUCCUGUGCGUGGGGCUGGUGGUGCUGGACAUCAUCAAUGUGGUGGACAAAUACCCAGAGGAAGACACGGAUCGCAGGUGCCUAUCCCAGAGAUGGCAGCGUGGAGGCAACGCGUCCAACUCCUGCACUGUGCUUUCUUUGCUCGGAGCCCGCUGUGCCUUCAUGGGCUCGCUGGCCCAUGGCCAUGUUGCCGAUUUUGUCCUGGAUGACCUCCGCCGCCAUUCUGUGGACUUACGAUAUGCGGUCCUUCAGACUGAGGGCUCCAUUCCCACCUCUACAGUCAUCGUCAACGAGGCCAGCGGCAGCCGCACCAUCCUGCACGCCUACAGCUUCCUGGUGGCCGACUUCAGGCGGAGGGGUGUGGAUGUGUCUCAAGUGGCCUGGCAGAGCCAGGGAGAUACCCCUUGCUCCUGCUGCAUCGUCAACAACUCCAAUGGCUCACGUACCAUUAUUCUCUACGACACGAACCUGCCAGAUGUGUCUGCUAAGGACUUUGAGAAGGUCGAUCUGACCCGGUUCAAGUGGAUCCACAUUGAGGGCCGGAAUGCAUCGGAACAGGUAAAGAUGCUACAGCGGAUAGAACAGUACAAUGCCACGCAGCCUCUGCAGCAGAAGGUCCGGGUGUCCGUGGAGAUAGAGAAGCCCCGCGAGGAACUCUUCCAGCUGUUCGGCUAUGGCGAGGUGGUGUUUGUCAGCAAAGAUGUGGCCAAGCACCUGGGGUUCCAGUCAGCAGGGGAGGCCCUGAAGGGCUUGUACAGUCGUGUGAAGAAAGGGGCUACGCUCAUCUGUGCCUGGGCUGAGGAGGGAGCCGAUGCCCUGGGCCCCGACGGCCAGCUGCUCCACUCAGAUGCCUUCCCACCACCCCGAGUAGUAGACACUCUCGGGGCUGGAGACACCUUCAAUGCCUCUGUCAUCUUCAGCCUCUCCAAGGGAAACAGCAUGCAGGAGGCCCUGAGAUUCGGGUGCCAGGUGGCUGGCAAGAAGUGUGGCUUGCAGGGGUUUGAUGGCAUUGUGUGAGAGAUGAGCGGUGGGAGGUACCAGCUCGACACCUCAGAGGCUGGCACCAUUGCCUUCCAUUGCCUUCUCCAUUUCAUCCAGCCUGGCGUCCGGCUGCCCAGUUCCCUGGGCCGGUGUAGGCUGUGGAUCGGACUCUGCCUGUGUCUUUCUGUCUCUUCUCUGCAGACACCUGGAGCAAAUAAACCUUCCCCUGAGCCAA